GCACCUUUUCGCCGGGCACAUUUUUUUCUCGUCGUCGGGAGUUAUUUUUUUGCCCCGUAUAUACCUUUGAACUUGGACGCGCUGUCAGCGCUUUUUCUGUUUAUUUUGCAGCGCGCUCAGCGCGUCCAAGGGCGAAAAUUUGACCGGCGAGUUUAGUCCGAGGGUCGAUCGUGAGAGCUUCAAAAGGGCAAAUUUCCGAUAUCUGCCGCUGAGUUUAGUCCGUGGCCUUUCACACCGCGUUACUUCCGGAAGUCCUUCCGGACCGUGUUGGUUGAGUGGGCCGACUAUUUUUUUUGUUCUGACGUUCCCAGCUGUACCUCCGACCAGCGAGUUAGUUGAGCAAAUGGUCACUAUUCAACUAAAGUACGAUGUUUCUGGUAGGAAACACAGACGUUCCUUUGAAUGCCACGAUUACCCAGACCUCAGUGACUACACUGCGAAGGAUCCCUCGUCUAAAGUUUCAUCCAGGAUACACAGUAAUCUUGGUUUAGUAAAGUGCUGCAGCGCAUUAAAGCAGUCUAUUUUCACGAGAGGCAGGACCUGGCAUACAUGUUGCGUGUCGCCAGACAGCAAGGGUGAUGUCUUUAUGAACAGGCACACUGAAGUCUUGGAAGAAAUGCAAAACGGUAGUGAGGAUGAUGCCAAUCGAAUUUCAGAUUACUCGGAGUUACUGCAAGGUGUGCUGCGUAAGCUUGAACGUGCAGCAGAUCGAGGGGACUCCAACUAUGCACUUACUUCCCUUCGCAAUCUGCACCAAGUCACAGCAUCUGGAAGUUUCUCUCAGACAGGCAAUGUUUUGCCACUUGCUCUUUACAACUCUACACUUCGUGCUUGCAAGCGCAGCGUUCCCCCUCGACAUGUGGAAGCUCGGCGAUUGCUCAACGAAAUGCGUGAACAAGGGCCUGCACCUGAUGCUCGUUCUUAUCACGAGGUAAUAGCUGCGCUCUCAAGAGCACACGAGUGGCGCCUUGCGGAAUACACUUUCGCAGAAAUGAAGCGUGAAUUUCCUAAUUGUAGUCCAUCUGCCUAUGUAUAUACCAGCCUCAUUUCAGCAUACGGGAAAGGUGGUCAGUGGGACAAAGCCCGUAACGCUUUUGAGGCGCUUGUGGAAGAGGGCACAGCCUUGGAUACAGGAGUAUACAAUGCUCUGUUGAGUGCAGCUGUCAGUGCUGCUCAAUAUCGCGAAGCAGCGGUUGUCUUCGACAGUAUGCCAACGCAGGGCAUUCUCCGAAACGUGACAACUUACAAUGCAGUGAUGACUUCACUCGGACGGCAGCGACGUUUGCAAGAUAUGGAAUCGAUGCGCAGGGAUAUGCGCAAAAGUGAUAUCAAGCCUAACGAAACCACAUUCAGUGUUCUCAUAACAGCUUAUGGAAAUUCGGGGGAAUGUGAGCGUGCGUACCAGCUGUUGAAAGAAGCUUGUGGCACGCCCUGGCUGUACAAAUCUGCAGUGAUUUUCAACUCUGCUCUAGGGGCUUGCAUAAAAUCAGGGAACAGUGACUUGGCAGAGCGUGUCCUCUGCAGCAUGCGCGUAGAGGAGGUUGUGCCCACGCUGGUGACAUAUAAUAUACUUUUGAUGGGAGCCUCAGCAGAGCGGAAAUGGGAGCAAGUAGCAGAUACUUUCAAAGAACUACUGAGCGUUGGGCUGGUUCCGGAUGCUAUAACGCUGGACUGUUUGUGUGGGAUUGAGAAGUUGCAAGUGGCCGCUGACGCCAGAAAUCAUAGAAACCUACAUUGUAGGCGACCUAUGGGAGCUAUAUUUGAAGAGACAAUAGAUGCGUCGCUUGAUAGUACGCAUAUUCAGGUUAAUCACGUUGGUUCCGUUGUUGAUAUAUCAAGCAGUGAAUCAGAUAAGCAACUUGGGAACCUUCCAGAACUCUUACUAUGCAUUGUUGAAGAGGAACUCUUGCACACGGCAGGGACUUAUUCAUUAGAAAAUGGAGACAAUCCCGAACAGAGAGGCUAUCAUCAUGAACGUAUCGUGACAAGUUCUGGAUUCAUUUCAACCUCUGCUAAGAGUGACACUGCAACAUACGCGUAUGAUGCACUCUUGCGCUCGCUCCACGUGGCUCGCCGUGGCGUUGAAGUUGAAUCCACUUUUAAAACGAUGGUAAGCAGAGGUGUUCGUCGCACAGUCCACACGUACAAUACGCUGAUCGCCUCGUUUGAAGCUCGACGACAGUGGCAGCAGGCUGGCGAAGCUAUGAAAAGAAUGCAAGAAGAAGGGAUCGCACCGGACGCCCUCACCUUUGACGCAUUAAUUGAUGUAUGUGAGGAGAUGGGACAGUGGGACCGGGCCACGGCCUGGCUAGUACAGGCACAAGAGCAGGGUCACUUGCGCUGUGAGGAUGAGCUUGGAAUUUUAAACCUCCACCGCAUCAGAUCUGCUGGAACAGCACAAGCAGUUCUGCGCUGGUGGCUGCGGCGGAUGAGGUCGCGAGCGCUUGCCCCCCUCGAUGUGCACGCGGCAGGACAAGGCACCCGUGCAAUUCUAGAAAAUGCCAAAAAUAAAGGGCCCACACAUACUACUGCUCGUGUUUCUGCCUCAGCUGGUAAUUCAGCAGUGCAUCAAAAAAAUGCGAUCCCUGUUCAAAUAAGGGACUUGCCAGAGCAAAUUCAGGUGGUGACGGGAUGGGGAAAACACAGCACUGUAUUCGGAUACAGUCCUGUGAAGGAAAGAGUAAUUGCUCUAUUGGAUGGUUUGAAUUCACCUUUCUCUGUUCCAGUCCACAACAUUGGGUGUGUAGUCGCAGAGAGAGGGGAGGUUAGAGCGUGGUUGGUCCGCGACGAGCUGCUGAGCUUGGUACGUUUCCUCGGUGGUAACAAGGAGGCGCUAAAACGCAAUUUCAACCCGAGGAGUGCCGGGCCUCUCAACGAAGGGCAUCACAGCGAACCGACUGCAUCGUGAAUAUCAGAGGUCUACAGUACGUGUACAGUAGUUGGAAAGUAUUUUUUCAAAACAUUCCUGUAUAAAGUUUCGAGUCAUGUGUACGUGUAUAGCUAUCAUCAGUCCUUCGGACGUACACUAUAUAAAGCUGCAUUCAAAAUGCUAUAACAAUGUUUCUACUAUAC